UUUUCCGGACCAGGAAGUUCUGGGCGGUACUUCCUGCGCGGCGCCGGCUGCACUUCCGGCUGAUGGCAUGGCGGCCGCUGCCGGCGUCGGGGUUGUGCGACGGCACGUGGCGUGCGCCGUGUCUGGGGGCGUGGACAGUGCGGUGGCAGCUCUCCUGCUGCGCCGCCGAGGCUACGCGGUCACGGGCGUGUUCAUGCGGAACUGGGACCCUCUGGACGAGCGGGGCACCUGCUCCGCCGACCGGGACUGCGAGGACGCGGCCCGCGCCUGCCGCCUGCUGGACAUCCCCUUCCGCCAGGUGACCUUCGUCAAGGAGUACUGGCACGACGUGUUCACGGACUUCCUGAACGAGUACGAGAAGGGGCGCACCCCGAACCCCGACAUCCUGUGCAACAAGCACAUCAAGUUCCAGGCCUUCUUCCGCUACGCCAUGGACCAGCUGGGAGCCGAGGCCAUGGCCACCGGCCACUACGCCAGGACGUCGCUGGAGGACGAGGAGGUCUUCGGGCAGAAGUACGUGCCGAGGCCCCAGGGACUCUUCAGGAACCGCUUGGAAGUGAGGAACCCCGUGAAGCUUCUGCAGGGGGCGGACAGCGCCAAAGACCAGACCUUCUUCCUCAGCCAGGUCUCCCAGGAGGCCUUGCGCAGGACCAUCUUCCCCCUGGGGGGGCUCACCAAGGACUUUGUGAAGAAGAUCGCGGCGGAGAACGGCCUGCGGCACGUGCUGCAGAGGAAAGAGAGCAUGGGCAUCUGCUUCAUCGGGAAGCGGCACCUGGAAAGCUUCCUGCUCCAGUAUUUGCGUCCUCGUCCGGGGAACUUCGUUUCCAUCGAAGAUCACAAGGUUUUGGGAACACACCAAGGCUGCUUCCUGUUCACCCUCGGCCAAGGAGCUAAAAUCGGGGGCCUCAGGGAUCCCUGGUACGUGGUGGAGAAGGACAUGAGCAGCGGAGACGUGUUGGUGGCUCCUGGCCCUGACCACCCUGCCCUCUACCGAGAAGUGCUGCGCACGGGCCGCGUGCACUGGAUCGCGGAGGAGCCCCCGGCCCGCCUGGUGCACGAGAAGAUGAUGGAGUGUCACGUCCGCUGGCGGCACCAGAUGGCGCUAGCUCCCUGCGUGUUGACGCUCAAUCAGGACGGCAGCGUGUGGGUGACCGCAGUGAAGCCCAUGAAAGCCCUCGCCAUGGGCCAGUUUGCCGUGUUCUACAAGGGGGACGAGUGCCUCGGAAGCGGAAAGAUCAUGAGACUGGGGCCCUCGGCCUACACGCUGCAGCUGGGCAGGAGCCAGGCCGCCGCACGUAGAGAGGCUUCCAAUGGCAGUGGGGACCCUGGCCCCCCCACAGCCCCCCCACAUUGAACCCUGGGCACAGGAUCGCAGGAGGCUGAGCUCUGGGCCUGCCCCCGGCUCUGGCUGGUCCAGGCCCCACCGAGGACAAGCUCUGCAGGGCCCUGACUGCCCAACCUGUUCCCAGCCUGCAGCCCCCUCGCCAGCAGUCGGGGGCAGGAUGCAUGGGGGGGUCCCCGCUGCGGAGCCCAGCCCAGUGGCUGAAUGCAGUGAGGAGGCUCCCCCUGUGCCUCCCUCAGACUCCCCACGUCCCCUUCGGGCCUUCUGGGCAGAGGCUCAGGAGAGGUCCUUGUGUGACAAAUGAGGAGAUUGAGGCGGCCUGGGCGAAAGACCUGGCCAGGAUCACCCCAUGUGUGCGUACCCUGGGCCCGGCGCACUGGCUGGGAGCCGUCUGGCUGCUGCUCCGUGGGGACUCACAAGUCAGGAGGACCUGAGCUCAAGUCUGGCCUCAGACACUUAACGCUAACUGUGUGACCCUGGACAAGUCACUUAACCCCAACUGCCUCAGGAAAAAAAAUAAAAUUGUGAAGUGGCCGUGGUGCUCCUCCGGUCCCUCGCCUCUGUUGCCAGAGAAUUGCUCUUGGUGGGGGCUCGAGGGGCUUCCCGAAGGCCUGUCCCUUGUGCCCCUGGGAUUUGAGGGAGGCCACCUGAGCCCUCUUCCGGUCUGGACUGCGGGGGGUCCUCCGUCCCCACUCGCACUGCAGGCCCGCAGCGAGUCUGGGAGUGCCCGGGAAGACGGCGUGUCCCAUUCCUGGUGACCCGCACGAGCCUGGUUUCUGGCAGGGCCGGGGUGACCUGCUGGCGGUGAGCCUCCCAGGCCCUGAUGGGUGGUGCUGCAGGCCUGUGCCCUCCCUCCCUCCCUGGCCGCCUCCUCCAUGAAGCCUUCCCUGAUAACCCCUCACAUGCCUUGGGAGGACCCUCCAAAGCCGGGCCUGUCGCCUCUUGCUUUGUAGCCCUCGGCUCAGCCUCGUGCUGGACAGCGCUCCACCCCCCCAGGCUCUGGCUGCGGGU